GUCCCCACGGUAAGUGCCGCACCGUCUUGGGUAAGGCCGGGGCCGCACCUAACCCGCUCCCGUUUCCCUCCCCUUCAUUCCAUUUCCCGCCAAGCAAAGAAGGGCCAAACCAGAGAGAGAGAGAGAGAGAGAGAGAGAGAGAGAGAGAUGCAGAAGCAAGGAGAAGCUGCGCCAACCGGCUGCUAUAAGUGCGGCAGGCCGGGGCAUUGGUCUCGAGACUGUCCUUUCUCUCCCACAAACCCUAACCCCGAUAUCCCUAAAUCCUCUUCUUCCUACACCCAGACAUGGACGGGCUCAAAACCCUUACCCGAAAAAUCCUCCGAAAACCCUAAGAAGAAGCUCCCCAGAACCAGACCUAAGCUCACGCCCGAGCUUCUCCUCUCCAACGACGGCCUCGGCUUCGUUCUCCGCCACUUUGCUCGCUCUUUCAAGUAUCGUGGCCGCGGUCAUGAGGUAAGUGAUUUGGGGAAUCUGAUCGGAUUGUAUGCUCAAUGGCACUCGCGUUUGCUCCCUUAUUAUUCGUUUGAUCAGUUCAUACACAAGGUGGAACAAGUAGGUGCCACCAAGCGUGUACGGACUUGUAUAAGAGAACUAAGAGAGAGAGUUUCCUAUGGAGGGGAUCCCACAAUGCUGCAUGAACCUCCUGUUGAGCAUGUUGCUCCAGAUUUUGAACCAGGCAUUGAGGAAACUAUGAACACAGAAGGCCCAGUUCCUGAUAUGGCAGAUCUGCCAGUGGAAAGCCAUGAUGUUGAAGAAAUGUUUGAUGAGAUAUACAGGAAGGCUACUCAGGAACCAAGUCAAUCCUUGCAAAAUGAGAUGGCUGCUGCUGAAAUACACCCUCAGCAAAAUUCUGCAGAAGCACCACCAAACGAAGUUGCAGAUAUCAGAGAAAACGAAUCUAACAAAGCCCAGAUCACAGAUGAGCAGAAGGCUCGCAUGGAAGCUAACAGAUUGAAGGCAUUGGAAAGAAUUGCUGCUCGGUCACAAUCUUCAGUGGCAACUUAAGUAUUAUCUCUCUGCUGACCUCUGUGAGUUUUACUCUGCUUCUUAAUAUUUGUUCUCUUGUUCUCAUCUUUUCCGUAGUUCUAAGUAUGGAAAAUGUCUGAACCAUAGUGCAAAAGCCAAAAGAGCCUUUGGAGCCCAAAGUGGAUUU